AUGGCUGCACCACACACUGUGCCAACUGCGAACCUGGCAGAGAAAUCUUUGCGGGAAUACCGCAUGAUUUUCCCUCGGCUCGUACAAGAUACAAUGAAAGAGCGAUUGGAGGCUCCUUGGUAUGGUCCAUGGGACAGGGCAAUGCGGCGGAUGAUUGUCGCUGCAAAUCAUAAGCACAGGGUUAAUACUAACCCUCAGAAGGAGUUCACAAGGAUAAUAACAUCAAAUGACGGGGAGGUGAAGACACGCAGGCAAUAUCCCGACAAUGUCUUGCAGCUCUCUGGAGUGGCCUUGCAUAUAGGCUCUUCUUUCCUACACGUCAUAUGGAGAGACGUCAUUUUCGUGCUUGAAAUCAAAGCAUUUCCUCCUGAGUCUCGGGAGAAAGAAGGCCUCGAAUUCGUUGUGAAAAGGGUGUUUGCAAUGCAAGAUCAAGUCAAGUCGUAUGUCAAGUCUGCUUGCGCCAGCAAUAGCAAGAUCACGACCAUUAUCGCGGUAUCCUGUGUUGGCGAAUGGGGAACCUGGGUUCCGUAUCACGUCGAUCAGGUGUCGGGGCAUACCCAAAACGAAGAUCCAAUGUGGCGUGAACCCAAUACUCCCAUUUCUUCCGACACUGAUAGCAUCGCGGCAGAUCCAAGUUCGGAUGAUGCCUUUAUGAUCAGAGGCGAGCGUGGGAGCGAGGGGCACAGGAGCGAGGUUCAUAGCGAGAUGGACAUCAGUGAUCAGGAAGGUCACGGAAGUUCCAUGAGCAUGUCCUCUAGUGACGGAAGAAGCAGCAUGGACGUCAGUGGGGGAAGCAUUGAAGACGAGGAAUAUGCUUCAAGCGACAAUGGGCCGAAUACCGGAAAUGAGGAGAUGAGCAGCGAUAUGCACGUUGACGAUGUCGAAAGGCCGGCUAUGGUUCCGCAAUACUUUUCCCUGCUCGAUGGGAACGGAGAACCCAACGAUACAUCGUUUGACGAGAUGUGGACGUUUGUCAUGGAGCGUAACAGGGCAACAUUUGAGGACGCCAAGGAGAUCGAGAAGAAUGUUCCUCUGCCGACGCCACUGGCCAUACUGGACUCCUGGGAAUCCGAUGAUGAUGAAGAGAACGAGGCAGAGGAGGAAUAUGACGAGAACGUCGAUAAUUAG